CCGUGCCUUUGAGACCCUUCUCUCUGUUGAACCGUCCCCGUCGUGCAGAGGCCUUGGGUCGGAUCGGUAAAGCGGGACAAUGCUCCCCUCUGCCGGAGGAGUCGCGCCGGACACGCGGAUAUGUCCAGGGCCCCGUCGCGGUUAAUAUCUGGACGCGUAAAAGACGGUCCUCCGCAUCGGCUCCAGCACUUAGUCACAGCCCGAGUCAGAGUCAGCGAUGCGCGGGGCCACGGUGUUCAAGCAGUGCGGCUCGGUGCUGGUGACCGGGGCCAGCCGCGGGAUCGGGCUGCAGAUAGUCGAGAGCCUGGCAGGAGGAGGCUUCUCCCCGGGGAAGAUCGUAGCCACGACCCGAAACCCCGAUGGCGCCCAGAAACUCCAGGAUCUGGCUCUGAAACAUCCCAACAUCCACAUCACCACUCUGGAUGUUCUGAGCCAGGAGAGCAUAGAUAAAUGUGCAGAGGAGGUGAGCCGGCUGGUGCAAGACGAGGGUCUGAACUGCCUGAUCAACAAUGCAGGGAUUAAUGUGAUGGCCGACUUUCAGUCCGUUACUGCCGACAAGAUGAUAGAAAACUUCCACACCAACGCUGUGGCUCCUCUAAUGAUCACCAAGGCCUUCCUCCCUCUGCUGAAACAAGCUGCGUCCAGAGGAGGAGCAGGCGGCUCGGGGAGCAUGAGCAUCCAGAGGGCAGCAGUCAUCAACAUGUCGUCUCUGCUGGGAUCUGUGGAGCUCAACUGGGGGGAGAGUGCAAACAUCAAAUGGUUUCCCUACAGGACGUCCAAGAGUGCCCUCAACAUGGUGAGUCGCUGUAUGGCUGCAGACCUGGAGCCUGAUGGGAUUCUCUGUAUGGCCAUACACCCAGGCUGGGUCCGCACUGACAUGGGGGGGUCUCAGGCUACAUUGAGUCCAGAGGAGAGCGUUACCUCCAUGCUGUCUGUGAUUGGUGGCCUGAGUGAAAAGGAUCAUGGGUCGUUUCUGGACUUUACUGGAAAGGUGCUGCCCUGGUAAAAGUGAAUAUCACCAGUAACGAGUGUGAUGAUUAUGAGCUCUAUUAACUUUGGGCUAUUGAGUCAGUUUAGAUCAUCUUCAGCUAUGAAAAGAUAAAUCUGUUACCUCAGAGUUUUUCUUUAAUCCGGCUCCAUCUGCUGGAGGAAAUCUCGUAUGGUUAAUAAUGAGAGGGUUCGUGUCCGUUAGGGCUGUAACGAUUCUCGAAACGCACAGUGUCCAGUAAAUAAAAUGUUAUGACUCAUUGAUGUGAAAACUGCCACAAAAUUAACAUGCUUAAUAAAAGUUUGGAGCUCUAAAUAAA